UCAGUGUUGCUGCCUCGUUGCGAGUUGUUUCGGCCCUUGCUGCCUGGUGUAGUUCGUGGUGUUGUGGAGGGCGAAAAAAAAGUUUUAUCGUGCACCAACGGACCGGAAGAUGAAGGGUGCACGCUAGCGGACGAAAGUUUUUGUUGACUCCGGAGUGUUUGCUGAAGUGCUGGCUCGUUCGAUGGGGCCUCGGAACUUUGUCGUCGUAACUGUGAGUGUGUGUGUGGCUCGUCCGUAAACGUCGCGGACGUAAGUACCGUCCCGUAUCGCGGCGUGGCCUAGGCGCAGCUGUUUCGCCUGGCUACGGGUGAAACCGUCGGAUUCGUUCGGAGGAAGCACGACCUCGAAGCGCGCUCGGUGUCGUUUCGACGAAUCGCGAGUGCGCAUGCACGAAAGAAACAGAAAUACGAAGCCGUCUCUCCCAACCGAAAGCAACAAGCCGCCGCCUCUGCCAGCUGUGAGAGAACCCUGCCAGCGACCUGGAGGUUGCCCAAUUCCUGCUCCUCCGGGUAGCCGCCACAUCGGAAUCGAGCACUGCAUGCUGGUAAAGCCUUGACUGACCCGCGAAGAGUCCUGUUUUACCUCACGUGGCCUGUCAGGGAAAACUGCUACACCGUCAAAAGUUGCAAGAAAGGCAGGGGCAAACUUGCUAGAAGGGGUAGACUAAGUAAGGCACCAACAGUGUUCCUGCACAGGUCAUACAAUCAACUUCGGACACGGCACCUGCACGACAUGACCUUCAGAGACUCGCCUUCGUCCAGCUCCUGACUGCUGCUCCUGGGCACUAAAGGCAACAGGGAGGUUGACAAAGACGUGGGAUCAUAUAGGGAGGUGACCUCAGCAACGAGCAACACGACGGUCGUGCUGGCAGGUGGGGAAGUUCGCGCGGGCCGUGCUGCUUGCGGCAACGGCGGCCGAUGAUGAAGUUUAUGGAGAUGGAGAACGGCCAGGCAUGGCAGCAGCUCAUCUCUCGGGGCCAUGGCGUCCACUCUGCUGGCGGAGUGGGCGUCGCAGGAGACUCGGACUACGAGACGCCCAGCAACCAGGGUGAGACUAGCACGAGCAGCCGGCGCAUCUUGACCAAGCACCUGUCGCUGAAUGGCUUCCCGCGAUGCGCCGACGCGGCCGGCAACGGAGGCAACGGGGCCGAGGACUCGCCCGUGGUCCGCUACCAGAAGGCCAAGAUCAUCCCGAGCAGGGUGCGCAAGAGAGUCAUCUUCAAGAACGGCAGCGUCAAUCUCUCCAAGGAACACGUAUACAAGCGCUCCCAGCGUUACCUGCAGGACAUCUUCACUACCCUGGUUGACAUUCAGUGGAGGUGGAACCUCAUGGUCUUCUCGAUGGGCUUCAUCCUGAGCUGGCUAGUGUUUGCCAUCAUAUGGUGGCUCAUCAUGUUCGCACACGGCGACUUCGACCCGCACGAGGGCGAGUGGACGCCCUGCAUCGUCGAAGUCACCUCCUUCACGUCUGCAUUUCUCUUUUCACUGGAGACGCAGCACACCAUCGGUUAUGGCAGCCGCGCCAUCACACCGGAGUGCCCGGAGGCCGUGUUCAUCCUGUGCAUGCAGUCCAUCACAGGCGUCAUGAUCCAGUGCUUCAUGGCGGGCAUCGUGUUCGCCAAGCUGUCGCGUCCCAAGAAGCGUUCACAGACGCUGCUCUUUUCCCGCAAUGCCGUGGUGUGCUUGCGUGACGGCAAGCUCUGCCUGCUGUUCCGGGUGGGCGACAUGCGCAAGUCGCACAUCAUCGGCACCUCCAUCUCGGCGCAGAUCAUCCGCAGGAAAGUGACCGCAGAGGGCGAGGUGAUCCCCUACUACCACACGCAGCUGGACGUGCGCUUUGAUGCGGGCACGGACAGCAUCCUCUUCAUCUGGCCUGCCACCAUCGUGCACGAGAUCAACGAAACGAGCCCGUUCUACAACAUGUCGGCCGAGGACGUGCUGCGCGAGAAGUUUGAGAUUGUGGUCAUCCUCGAGGGCACCAUCGAGUCGACGGGCCAGUCCAUCCAGGCAAGGUCAUCCUACCUGCCAUCUGAGCUCCUGUGGGGCCACCGCUUCGAGCAGCUUGUGCGCUUUCAGAAGGACUCAUCGGAGUACCUCGUGGACUACAGCAAGUUCAAUAACACCUACGAGGUUGAGACCCCUCUGUGCAGCGCGCGAGACUUCUACGAGUACCAGCGGAUGCUGCGCAGUGCGCCGCGGAUGGUCACUCUGAGCACGCCUCUACAGGCAAUGACCAUCGACGACCGUAACCAGUCCAGUCUGACACAGCAACAGCAACAACAGCAGCAGCAACAGCAGCAGCAGCAUCCCGCUUUCAAGAGGGUGACGCCAGAGAAGUUCCUCAACACCGCCGGGCACCUCAUACCUUUGCAACUGCCCAAGGAGCUUUGAUAUACCAUCUUUAGGCUCCGCACGGGAGUCUUACGACUGAUGAACGACUCUGAGGACUGCAUCGUUUGGCAAGACGUGAUGCGACAAGGUGCGCACGUUGUUGGUGAUCGCCUUUGAUUCGUCAGUUGAGUAGGACAGCUGCGACGGUUCUGCACCGGCACUGGCCCUCGCAGCCAAAUGAAGUGAACGUAGUGUUCCACCAAAAGUGCCUUGACAAGCUUAUGCGAAACCGCUCGCUGGCGUGAUGUCGCCGAUGGGCUCUGACUGACAGCAGCCAUGGUGGUUUUCUUCGAAGUACAGAGUCCGACGCGAGCUUGUAACCUAUACUGACUGUUCUUUUCAAGUAUAGUUUCCAUAUUUUUUUAAUUUGUGCUCUCCAAUGACUUGGCGAGGACUGAACCAGACUCCGUCGUUCGCUCCACAACAGACACGCCCCGCUUCCCUGUUUACUUUGUGUGAAGCAACGUGACGUUGAAUCAGGGCUACGGAAAAAGUGCAUUUGUUUAGAAGUUAGAAAGGACACUUUCUUUUAUCGGUGAAAGCCUAUUGGGGCACGCCCACUGUCAGCGAAACGUCGCGAGAACAAACUUUUGGGUCAAGUAUUGUCCCGGUGAAAAGGGCACACCGUGCAUACGGCGUGUUGUCACCCAUGCCGCAAUGAUGUGACUUGCAGUGACGGAGAUGUGAUGGAAAUGUCGUGAUGGACACACUGUCGCAAAGACGUUGUGACGUAAGUGCCACAGCCAAAGUGUCAUUCAGCACGAAAGGAGCGGUUUCCAGUGGAAAGCAUCGGAAAUGCAUCCCACGGGCUUCGUGGCAACAGCGGGCAUGCGUCUUUGCCCUGCCAUCGUGUGUGGCUGAUAACACCAUCUGGCGCUGUGUUGCAUGUGACCGCGAUAUCCCAGUGAACUUUCUGCGGUGACGCUGCAACAACCGCGGACCAGUAGGCUUGUUUUAGAUAAGUUGUGUAAGCUAAUUGUAGCUAGUUGUUUACAAUUUUUAAAUUGAGUUACGACCGUUCUUUAUCUUCUCUACUUAAUCGUGCAGACAAACUGAGGCAGAGGGCCGAAAGAGAACAUACAGCAGCUGCGAUUACAUUCUGUUACGACGGUCGAUGCAAUACAAAAGACGUGGCAAACUUGAGGAACCUAUUUAUUCAAGGCCACUAACCGCGCAGGUAGAGUGUUGACAAGGUGCAGUGCUUGUAAGCGGGCUCACCCGAAAACGGCACCAUUCUGCGUGGCACAAGGACAAACAUCGCUCUAGCACAGUGGGAGGUCCUUAUAAACAUAAGCACACAGCAGUCAGGCACAACCUGAUUUCGCCACGAGUAUGGUGAACGACGAACAAAGACACACAGCGUCUGGCCUAAUUGUAGAUGGGCUAUCUAUUGCCAUUGCUGUGUGCUAUGCAAAGGAUGUGAUCGAGCGUGAUUCUGCAGCAUCGGCUGAAGAGAGAGUUGCUCGCUCCUUAUAUAAUGAUUGCUCAUGUAAAUACGCCGCUCGACUCGGAUGCAUUUUGUGGUAGCUUUUGAAAUCUAUUAUUACUGUCUCUUUUUUUCGUUUAUCUGCAUGCAUGCGUGAAACAACCAUAGUGGGCUGACCCAUUGUCAAACGGGGAAGUUCCGACGAGAGAAUGACAAGUUUUGCGACACCUUUCCAGAGCAUUCAACCAGUGUUGUUAAAUGUCUCUGUGUAAUUUCUGCGGACAAACACAAACCUUAAUACAUCGCUACAAUUGCCUUUAACUGAUAGCCAGUGCUUCAAGGCCCUCCACCUCUUGCCAAGUGUUGAUGAAGAGAUUUCAAUGCCCUUGUCGGGAAAGGCUAAUAAUUAAAUUUCCACAUAGCCCAGAAAACAGGUUUCUCAUUUUGCACUCGCAUAAAUGUGCGUAGAACCAGUCCAGAAAACAGGUUUCUCAUUUUGCACUGGCAUAAAUGUGCAUAGAAUCAGUGUACUUUAUAUUUACAGUUCCAACUUGUCAGAAACGGAAGGCUCAUUCCAUGCACUUUGAAAUGCUUUCCAGACACUCUGUGCAUCCAGAAAUGCAGGCAUGUUCGAGCGAGCCUGCAUUUCUGUGACGCUAGAACCUGCGCUAUCACCGCAGCGAAGGACUCCACUGUUAACGCCAAUGGUGUAAUAUUGCUGAUUGGACCAAUGAUAAAUGGCAACCGUGGACCAAUGUUGAAAUGUUGUGUGCCUCCCGCUCUAAAUUAAAUAGAGACCAGAGUUCUCGUGGCGAGUACGGUUGUAGCGUGCCGUGUGACUAUUGCAACUGCAGGCUGCUUUCUCGCAACGAAGGCUCGCUAUGCCACUUACUUUUGUGGUAACGUCGUACAGAGGUGCCGAACUUUUCGCCCACAUCAGUUGUGCUCGUCACUCGUACGCUGUCAGAACACGGCAGCCUCGUUCUUCGACCGUAACUGAUCUGACUCACAAAGUAGGAUUCGUAGCAGCACCAGAGAAGUCAAGUCAGCGAUUCUGCCUAGGUAGUUCUCAUGAUGCUUCGUGUCACGAUGUGUCAUUUGAAGUUAUAUUCUGAGUGCUAGCUGUACUACUUAUACAGUUGAACUCCUUUAUAAGAGACAUGCACAAAGGAGCAAUCCUUGUUUCUUUACAUGAGGUGUCUCUCAUAAGCAGGGUAUCAAGUAUGCAUUUUCUUAUCAGCCCCCAUUUCAAUGCAGGCGCACUGGUGUCUUUUAUACCCAUAUGUCUCUUACAUCAGUGUCUCCUAUAGGUGGUUCAGACUCUAGUUUGUAUAAAGCAACAGUUUCCUUUUUUCAAGCUUAAAGGUCUGACUAAAGGCUCACACUCAAUUCAGCAAAGGAUCAGCCCUGCAAUUUCUUCGCCUCCACGAAGCAAAAUCUGCAUGCCAUACUUAUGUUUAGUCUACGAUAUAGUUUCAAGUGUGUGAUGUAAGGCUGUGAAAAUUUUUGCCGUUUCGGCGAAUGGUUUGUUGAUUUGGGCACCUGUUUGCACAGUCUAACAGAAGCUUCCGACAAACAAAAUUCGGGCACAGACAAGCUUAUUUUUAGAAAUAUUUUGUUUGUGACUCAAGUCUGAGUGACGAUCUGGCUAAUUUUGUUGCAUUCUUGGCAUGCAAGUGUCCUUGUUAUACAUAUAAAUCGUUAUAUUUGUUAUGCAAUACUGGUACAACUUCUAAAAUUACUGUAGUACAACCACUAACUCACUGUUUCCAAGUUUUUUAUCUCGCGUUUUGAAAAUUUCCAUCUGCAGCAGCAGGUGACAGAAAGAGGAAGUUGUCUGUGAUAGAAAUUUUCGGUAAGGCAAUAAUUUAGAGUUUCUUCUAUACCACUUAAAAAUGUGUUUUUUUGCAAGAGCAAUAUGACUUCAUUAUGUGCGAGUAAAAAAAAUAAACAUGAAAUACUGCUGGAUAAAUGCCUCGACUGCCACCCAAAGAAAGUGUUUUGCAAGCAAUACUUAUCAUUUGACCGUUAACACAUGUCACAUAAGACUGAAUGGGUUUUAUUCUAGGUAACCUUCUUUUGAAACGAGUCUCACUUAGUCUGAAAUUAUGCAGUUUCAUCCCCCAGCAUAACUGACGCGUCUUGACAAUCAUUUGAAAUUGCGUAAUUUUCUAUUAUGUUUCUUUGGCUAACUCACUAGGCUCUGCGUGUUUCAAUUAUGGAAAUGUGUAUGUACAAAAAGAAAUUCUGAACUGCAAUCACUGUCUGAUUCGUUCGAACUGCUGCAUUCGAGAACAAGCUGUGAAUCGCUUCGUUGAGUUCAAUGCUUUGGAGAAACUGAAGGAUGCGGCGGUACUGUGGCACCUGCUAAAUACUAUAACAGUGCGAACAUUUCAUAAUAUGAAUUUUUUUGUGGAAAUGUGAUAUCACCAUACAGCCAAAAGUUAGGUUUAUGCGAGUGUUACAAUUGUGUGGCAGAUACUCCACACGAAACGCCGCAUCUGCACUCGCGUAGCGAACGAUGUCAGUUCUGUCCAGUUGCGCUCAUCUAAUAGCCCAGAAAAUUUAUUUCGCACCCAGUGGCAAUGCUCCGGAGCAUUGGAUGACGCGAGAUACGUACUGAUUUACGUGCGCAUAAAUUAAUCUUUAAUCUAAUGAAUAAAGCACAGAUAGGUUUAUAUAAACUAUACAAAGCAUGUUUAAGUCUUCUAGGUGCAUUCUGUGAUGAAGUUUGAAAACCUGAUGUGUGAAGAGAGUCCCCAGUUUUAGUUGACGUAGCAUUCCUAUGUAAAACCAACGAACUAUAUAUUUGCCGACUGUUUAGCGUGGUCGUCGAAAGACCGCGGUUGUGUCAUAAUCGUUCCUUGCUUGCUAGUGCUUCUCACAUUGUACAAUAAGUACAUCAAAGAUCUAUCAAAACUGUGAAUGUUUGUGUGUGGCUGAGUGAAAAUCCAACUAAGUACAAUCAAAUACGUUGGCGAGUGUCUUGGCAUAAAAAGCGUCUAGGGCAUUGAUGAAAAAAAAAGAAUAAAUGCGGCAGGUGCAAAUGAAAGUAACACUACAAAAAAUACCAUUCCCGCUAUGUUCACAUUCCUUGCCCUGUUUUCAACAUUAGGCCAGCUAUGGCCAUGUCUGUCUGAAGCUUUCCCAUUCUAUUGCUUUUCUAGUAUAUAGUUUGAGGGUGAGAGUUUAUGGAAAGUACAGAACUUUUAAGAGGCAGAGGCUUUCUAUCACCCCUUCUAAUUUUACCUCUCUCAUUCCGUGAUUCAUGUGAGACCAGCGACUUGUCCACAUAACUGUGGAGUGGCUAGAAUCGUUUCGCGUUGUGGCAAAAAAAAAUAAAAAAUGCUCUGCGCGGUGUGAUUCCGCCGCGUGCAUCUCGUGGUUCUCGCACGGCAAAGACGACUGCUUUCCGAGCGAGCUUUCGGAGACAGCAGGAAAGUUUUGGGACCAAGCGUUUGUGGUACAAGCGAAUGCGAAACUGUAUCCCUCACGAAUGUACCGCGACAGACGCAUGCAUUGUUCUUCAUCCUUUUGUAAAAAAAAAACAAUUUUUCCAAGCAACGAAUGGACAGCUACAAGAGAACAAAGUAUGUUAUUUGUUACGGAAAACAGUAUUGAAGGUACAAGUUAAAUAUAUAAAUAUACAUAUAUACAUAGUUAUGUUAGAUUUUUUUUUUUUUGACAGCGAACAGCUGCAACAGCUUGGGAAGCUUCGUGAAUGUUGUUUUUGUUGGUUUCUUUUUUGAUAAUUUCUUUAAACUGAUGUUUGAAAAACAUCAGUUGGCAAAGUUGUUUUGUUGUUGCAAUGUUUUCCAGAUGUUUGUCCCUUCCCGUUUUUCUUAAUGUACAUAAAGAUAAUAAAAUAUGCCUUUAAGUACACCCCA